AUGUCAAAGCCAACGCUUGCAGGACAGACUGCGGCACCCGCCAUCGAACGCCUGUCGCUCGGUUCGUUGUCGAGCCCGUCCACAUCAAGGCCAUCACAUGCACUGCCGAGUUUAUCAAGUCCAGCCAACGCAUCGACCUUGGGGAGCGGCGACGGAGCUCAUCAAGGAUCGUCGGCAGCACUCGUUACACCUGACGUCCUUGAUCUCGCUACACCGACACAGCACUACGUCGACAGCCAAGCUUUGCAUACACUUGCAACCGAGAUGGUCGCCACGCUCAUCCACAGCUCCUCUUUCGUCUCUCGCAAGCAAGCGUUCGCUCGCCAAGAGCUACAGCUUGCGGGCAUUCAACUCCCUUCACUCAGCAAAUCGCCGUCCACCUCCACAGCCUCCGCUUCAGCAUCCGCGUCGUCCCCACACAGCCAGGUCGUACGCUCGGUCUCUGGCUCGGAACCCACGCCGGACACGCUCAGCGAGGUGGAGACGCUGCUGACGGCUCGACUCGAAGGCAUCGGCUACCACGUCGGCUAUCACAUGACCGAGAACCUUGCACGCGAUAGGGCCAAGUUCACCGACACGCUCGACGUGCUCAAAUUCAUCUGCAAAGAGGUCUGGACGACUGUCUGGGGCAAACAGGUGGACAAUCUGCGUACGAAUCACCGAGGUGUCUACGUGUUGCACGACAAUCAGUUCCAGCCGCUGCGCCAUGUGUCGACCGCUCAAGGCGCGCAGGUGACCGCUAAAGAAGCCAGGGUUUUUCUAUCGUAUCCCGUGGGCAUCGUCAAGGGUGCGCUGGCGCAGUUGGAUGUUCCGAGUGCCGUCGUGGCCGAGACAAACCAGGCUCCGCAAUGCACGUUUCACGUCAAGACGCAAAGAGGCGGCGCACUAGGUGCAGCAGUAGCAGCGGCACCGCCUGCCUCUACGCCGCCCACUGCGGCAUAG